AUGGACUCGUCGCAUGCGUUUGUCGGGGAUUUUGGCGUCAACAUGAACCGAGGCGACAAUCGAUUUAUGAACCAGUUUAACGUGGGCGGUAGUGCCAGUGUCGGCGUGGGUGGCUUGGAUCUGUCGACUAGUGGUCUGGACUUUACGGGCAGCACGAACGAUCUAAUGACCGAGACGUCGUCGCUGAUGCUAGGGCCGAGCUCGUCGUCGUCGUCGACCGCAGGACUCAUUGACUUUCCUGACGAGCUCAACUCACCCACGGCAUCAACGACAACAAGUAGCAGCUUGAGUGGCAGCAAUAAUGGCACCCUAGCGAUGCCAGACACCUCGAUGUCCAUGAUGACGAGGACGCCGUCAGCUGAUGCCAUCCCGUUCCCGGCGUCACUGGCCACGGAGUCGCUGAGUAACAGUGGCGCGAUGCCAUUAUCGUCUACGGGUCUGAACGUCAUGAACUAUAUGAAUACAACCAGUACCAGCACUGCGCCGAGCAAUCGUGGAAACGGGUUGGCCCUUGACGCCAAUAUGGGGAUGAACGCGGGUGUGAACGUGGGUCUAGGUCUGGGGAUGGAUACCAUGGGAAUGGAUAUGAGCGCAAAUGCUUUUGGCAUGAAAGACACGAAUCAGAUGAUGUUUAGCAACAUGCAGCAUCAAAUGAACAUGAUGAGUCCCCAGGUGUCGUACUAUAUGCCUCAGCAGCAACAGAUGCAGCAACAGCAGCACUAUAUGCAGAUGAUGCAACAGCAGCGUCAGUUCAAUCUUCAACGUCAGCAACAACAGCAGAAGGCGUUGCGGGAGCGUCAACGACAGGCACAGCAGCAACAGAUGCAGAAAAACAAUCAGCAAGCGCACCAACAGCGUGCAGCGCAACUGCAGAAUCAACAGCAGAUGCUUGCAGCAAGCCACGGUUCGUCUCAAAUGAUCGCGCAAGGUCAAAUGAGCGGAGGCAACAAAACGUUGACAUUGGGUGGGGACACCAACGUAAACACUGCGCGCUCCCAACCUCAAACGUCAGGCCCUAGCACCGGACCGACAACGUCAACAACGCGCCCAACGUGGCAGACAUCAGCCGAUCAGGCAUUGCGCAAGGAGAUGCUGAAUCACAUCAUGCGGGUGUUGCAGAACCAAAGGUCGAAUGCCCCUGCAAACUGGCUGCAGAAGCUGCCAGAGAUGGCACACCGUCUCGAAGAUGAGUGCUACCGCAUUGCUGCAUCCCGCGAAGAAUAUGCGAACACCAGCACGUUGCAGUCGCGUUUGCGCAGCAUUGUGCGUAGUGCUCAGACUCACCAGCGACAUGUUGGAGGCAACGCAAUACGUCAGCCUGGCGCACCAAACCAUACGUCACCAGCGAAUGCUGGACCAGCGGCUUUGGCGUCCUCUGGAACCCCGAUUCCGUUUCCAGGCCAACGCGCCGUUGCACCGAUGGCAAAUGAGGCGAGUUUGGACGUAAAAGGCCUGGCUUCACAGGCUAUCCAAAUGCCGCCGGAGCUCCAGGAUCUACCGCCACAGGUUAAGACUCCAGUCAAAGUAGAGGUAUGUCAAGCGCAGGCGCGCAUGCAAGUGACGCCUUCAGGGGUUGACUUUAUGGCGGAUCGUUUGUCGAUGACCAGCACGGGUGCGUCACCCAUCACUGGGCAGAACAACGCGCAGACAGCCCCAGGUGCUAGUGUAUUCAACGGAAAUGGAAACGCUACUAGUUUCGGCCCACAAUCAGCUAGCUCCCCAGCGUCGACUGCUACUCGAAACAAAUCGGCUCAGAUUAUUUGGCAGUUUAAGGCCAAGGCACAGCAAGUAACAUCCGCGUUGGACAAGAACCAGACAACGGAGUACCAUAACAAGUUGCGACUCAUGGUUCGCGAAGACGUGAAAACAGCUGGAUCGAAAGAAGUAUUGCAGCGGCAGCAGCAGCGGUUGCUAUUGUUACGGCAUGCUAUGUGGUGUAAGUCACCUGAAGGCACGUGCGCAACUACGCCGAGUUGUGGUGAAAUGAAGCGACUCUGGGCUCACAUGAGCGCCUGCCGACAGACAAACGCUUGCUCGUAUAGCCACUGCAUUUCGUCCAAGUACGUGCUAUCGCACUUCCAGCAAUGCGCAAAUGCCAAGUGUCUCGUGUGCCAAGUUGUUCGAUAUCCCGUAGAAGUGAAGGAGAAAAAUGGCACGCUGAUGCUGGACGCCGAUCGUGCUCUACAGCAGAUUAUUGCCGCAAGUCAGCGUCGACAGCGCAUGCUUGCGAUGAAGAAGCAACAGGAAAUGCAGCAACAGCAGCAACAAAUUGCUCCGCACGUGCAGCAGCCCAUGCCUUUGGCAAUGCCUGCGCAUCUACAGCACCCUCAAAGCAGCAACAAUUUCGCAGCAAUGAAUUUGCAGCGGCAACAGCAAAAUGUUGAACAUGCCGGGAACUCUUCCGCUCCAGCGGACGCCAACCCCACGAAUACGUUGGGGGUAGCGGUGCCGGCAGCACAGUCCACCGGGCUGAAUGGUAUGAUGGGAAAUGUAAAAGCAUCGAACACUGUGGCCGCCACGAACCCGAUGCAGGACGAGCAGCGACAGUUUCAGCUGAUCAAGCAGAAGCUUAGUGGGCGUUCUCUGGAGCAGUUGACUGCGCAUUGCGUGAAGCUCGAAAAGUGGGUGGAAGAAAUUCGUGCGCGCAUGAAUGCGAUUAUGAACGAAUGUCGGCAGCUGUUGCAUCUGUCGAACUCCACACAAGACCCGAUGCAAAAAUCCCAAUACGAAGCACAAGUGCAGGAGAAGCGUGUUAUGCUCAAGCAACUGGAUGUGAAGUUUAAGCAAUGCAGGAGUCAGAGGAACAUUGUGAAGCACGUAAUUGAUGAGCGCAGUGUUACGACGUCGAUGUCGACUCGAAAUGGCGUGGCCACAUCCAACCACGCGGUCGCGAAUGCUCCAGCGGCGACAAUGCAGCCUAUUCCGAUGCCUACUCAAAUACAGCAGCCAAACUUUCUUCAAAAGACGCAGGGACCGACUGUUAGUACCCCCGUGACGUCAGUGAAGCCGUCGCCUGACGACCUACUUGGUGAGGAAGAUGCGGAUGUUCCUUUGAAAGUUGAUGACAGCCUUCUGGUUGCCGGAAAGCCUUUGGAGAUGCCAACGGAACUACAAGACACAUCUGCGACUCCUAUAUCAGUAGCUGCGCCGCUAAACACAUUGACAGCCGCGCACGAAUCGACUGGCAACCUUCCGCUGACAGUAUUGAAUGGCCCUCGACCAGUGUUGCCAUCGGACACCGCUGCUCCAGGGCAAGUGCUAGACUCUUAUCAAGGCCGAACGAAAGAAACUGGGAAAACGGGCACUGCAUCAUCAGCCUCGGGGUCAGUUGGCGUCACGGUCAAAGAAGAACCCGAGAGGACAGCUCGCGAUGGAGAGGCAACAACUUCUAAACAGGCUUCUGUGAAGCAGGAGGUGACCAUUAACCCGCUGACGAUGAACAAUUCGAAGCUGAAUGCUAUGAUGGUGGAGCAUCGCCGAAUGGAUGCGAGCAAAACUGUGCAGUUGCCUGCAGGUGCGGUGGGAACACCCAAAGCAAUUAUUGCAACUAACGGAAGUGAGACGAACGUAAGCUCCGCUGCCCCGGCAACACCGGCGCCACCAGCGUCCUCUGAAGUUCCGAUGUCUGUGCUGAACGAACUGAGUAAUGAGGACCUGGCUUCUCAUAUCAAUUCUCUGGUUACAGGCUACAAUGCUACAGUAUCCCCGGCAACUCUGAAGAAGAAGUUGGAGGCACUAUUGAAAGGCAUGAUGGACCACAAGUUCGGGUGGGUGUUUAACACCCCUGUCGACCCAGUGGCUUUGAACAUUCCAAAUUAUUUCAAGAUAAUUCGUAAGCCGAUGGAUUUGGGAACUGUUAAAAAGAAGCUCGAAGUAGGCGUGUAUAAGCACACAGAGGAGUUUGCUACGGACGUGCGUACUACGUUCCUGAAUGCAAUGCAGUACAACAGCGAAGACCAAGACGUAUAUAGUCUUGCAAAAGAUAUGCUAUCCGAUUUCAACGGUGAAAUGCGCAAGCUGGUAGCCGAAUUUGACGUGGACGAAAAGGCUGCCCGCGCGAAGGAGAGCUCGUGCCGUUUAUGUGGCAUUGAGCGAAUGGUUUUCGAGCCCGCGGUACUGUACUGCAACGGCGAAUGCAAUAGUCGCAUUCGGCGGAACUGCUACUACUACAUGUCAGCAGACAACAAAUACCACUGCUGCCAUCAGUGCUACGCUAGCUUGCCUGAUGUUAUAAAGCACAACGAAGGUCGCCAGUACCAAAAGGGUGCGCUUGCGCGUAAAAAGAAUGACGAAGUGCACGAGGAGCCUUGGGUGCAAUGCGACAAGUGUGAGCGCUGGGUUCACCAGAUUUGUGCCCUUUUCAACGGCAAGAUUGACAGUGAGAAAAAGCCGCAGCUGGUCAAAUCUGAGGGCAAUCAGGCAACAGAGGGCAGCGAAACGUCUCCAUUGCCUUCUUCGUCUGCUGCAAAGUCUUCUGCCGUCACGACGACAACUACGGUUGUGAAGAAUUCGUCUUCCUCUGGAUCAAAAGGAACGGUCCAUUCCAUUACGACGUCGCCGGGGAGUGAGUUUUUGUGUCCAGAAUGUUUGCUGGAGCACCGGAAAAGCGAACCGGAAAAGUAUAAAAUUGGCCGACAUGCUUUUAGUGCAAAAGAUCUACCGCGUACGAAGCUGUCUGAUUUUCUGGAACGGCGUAUCAUCAAGUCACUGCAGGCAGAGCGUGAGGACGAGGCAAAAUGGACGCAGCGUGACGUAAAAGACGUUGAGACCGCUGAGGGCUUGACCGUGCGUCUGGUGUCGAAUAUUGAAAAGCAGCUGAUGGUGCGCGAUAAAAUGUUCCAGCGGUACAAGGAUUCCCACAAGUAUACUUCGGAGCACCGCUUCAAGUCCAAGUGCAUUUGUAUGUUCCAGGAGCUGGAUGGUGUGUCGGUUUUGCUGUUUGGCAUGUAUGUGCACGAGUUUGACGAGCAAGAAGCGGACUGCAACUCGCGGCGCGUGUACAUUUCGUACCUGGACUCUGUGAACUACUUCCAGCCGCCCCACCUUCGAACAAAAGUAUACCACGAGCUGUUGAUUGCAUAUUUCGAUUUCGUCAAGCAACGAGGUUUUCAUACUGCACACUUGUGGGCGUGCCCACCCCUCAAGGGAGACGACUAUAUCCUGUACUGCCAUCCAGAGGCGCAGAAAACGCCAAAGUCGGAUCGCUUGCGUGCUUGGUACGUCGAUAUGCUGGUGAAGGCAGAAGAAGAAGGCGUCGUGUGGCAAAUUACGAACAUGUACGACGACUACUGGUGCAACGACAAUACGCCAUGUGCAUUGCCAUACUUCGAGGGCGAUUACUGGGUCGGCUUGGUAGAAGACCUGAUCGAAAAGUUGGACGCUGAAAAACCAAAAAAGGUGGUCAACAAACGCGGUUCCAAGUCGCAGAAGCGAAAAACGUCGGACACGAAGAAGGCUGCAAACAAGAAGUCUAAGUCGAAGAAGGCGAAACGUCGGAAGACUACGUCAGGCGAAGAAGUGCUAUGUGAUGAGGACGAAGACAACGACGACGAGACGCCGUUGAUAAGCAAUCGCACGCUUACUGUCAAAUCGCUGGACGCAGCUGACCGAAAGUUGUCGGACCCUCUGAUGCAUAAAUUGAGCGAGGUGAUCGAGCCCAUGAAGGACGACUUCUUAGUCGUGAAGCUGGUGCCAUGCUGCCGAGUGUGCAACACGUCAGUAGUGCAGGGCGCGCUGUGGCGCGACCAUAGUGUGAAAACGGAGCAUGGUUUGAACCCGAAGGUGGUACAAAUGGCGCUGUGCGAUGGAUGCUAUCAGAAACUGAAGGUCGUAUGCACUGCCGGUGUGUCGGCGGCCCAUCACCGACUGCAGGCACGACUGCAUACUCUCACAAAAGAAAUCAUGGCAUUGCCAGAACGUUGCAUUGAUCCGGACGAGAUCAACGACAGCGAGUUCUUUGACACGCGACAGGCCUUUUUGAGCCUGUGCCAGGGCAAUCACUACCAGUUCGACGAGCUGCGUCGUGCAAAGCACUCGUCCAUGAUGGCUUUGUACCACUUGGGCAAUCCGAACCCGAAUGCCUACGUGUACGAGUGCAACGCUUGCACGCGCGACAUUGUGACAGGCAAUCGCUGGCAUUGCCACACAUGCCCGGACUUCGACGUGUGCGACGCUUGCUAUGCCAAGGAGAAACACGAGCACCCGCUGGAAAUGGUACCUACCAGUGGCGCAGGUGCCAGUUUGGCACUGGCUGGCGGUGCAAUUGGCCCUGGAGGAGCACCGGAUCUAACUCCGGAGAAGCGGCGUCUUCGCGAACAGCGUGCGAAGAACGUCCGCUUGCACAUGCAGUUACUGGUUCACUCGAGUUCGUGUGUCGAUGGCAACUGCGGCUCUUCGAACUGCGAGAAGAUGAAGGAGCUGAUGCGCCACGGGGCGCAGUGCAAGCAGCGUGCGUACGGCGGUUGCACCAUCUGUCGGCGCGUGUGGGCACUAUUGCAGCUCCACGCGCGACAGUGCCGUCAGUACAAGUGUAAAGUCCCGCGCUGUCACGAUCUUCGGGAACACGUCCGCAAGCUGCAGCUACAGCAACAGCUUAUGGACGAUCGCCGGCGCGCCGCCGUCACGCAGCAGUAUCGGCAAUUGCAGAGCGAACGCCGGCAGGAGCAGCAAGAGCAAGCUCAAGGCGAUUCGCCCAUGCCGCAGGCAUGA